GCAAGAUUUAAAUCUCCGCAUUUCCCACCUUGACUUGCUCACCAUGACCCAUCUCGACAUCAAGCUCAAGCUAGCUAACACUGCUGCCACUCUUAUUCUUGUUGGCUCACAUGGAUUUAGUUUUCAAGACUGGUUCCUUCGCCAUCCUGAAAAGUUUGGUGGUCGCGACUUCAUUCUCAUUCUAUCUGUCAUAUUGGAAGUUUUGCUAAUCGGUAUGACGAUUUACCAGUGGUUACCCAGUGCUCCCAAAGACGCAUUUGAGGCCAUCGGCUUCUGGUAUCUUUUGAUUGCUUUGGUCAACAGUGGUCAAGCUCUUCUUUGGUAUUUCCACCUCGAUAUCUUGGCAUACGUUGGCCUGUUAUGGCUCUUAGCUUCUGUAGGAUUUGUCUAUCACCGACUUCGCGAUUACCCUCCCAGAAAUGCAGUUGACUUGCUAUUCGUCAAUGCUCCUUUCUCCAUCUACGCUGCGUUCACUUUCUUUGCUACGUUGUUCCAAAGCUUCUGGUUCUCUGAAGUCACCAGAACUCACCCAGUGGUGCAUACGGUUAUCAUCAUAAUUGUUGGAUUCGUAGCAUUGCACCUGGUUGACUAUUCUCAACGAUCCUCCUCGCAGCCGCCGUGUUUCUCACCGGUGUACCCCAUGUCACUUCUCUCGUUGUGUGCGGUAUUCUCGUCAGCGCCAUCGCCCGUGCCACUGUUCCCGACAUUUUGGAGCGUAUUAACAAGCGCUUCAGUCGAUUGACAGAUCGUCUGAGUGGCGAAAGAGCGCCACUUCUAGGAGGCAAUUAACACCAUAUCCAUGCCCAACGCGUGUAAUAUGUUCAAUCUCGUAUUUCUUUCGGCAGAUGUUCUUCCAUGUGUAUUCCAGUAAAUUCCACUGCUAAAUACAGUACUGAUUUUCAUCCGCCCCUAUGGCAACCACCAUCUAUUUUGCACUUCAUUAUCAGCAUGGUUGGAUCAUAACACAUUAUCAGGAGAGACUAUUUUGUUUCAACCAUAGGAGUUUGUUGUUUUUCUUUUCCUUGUAAACCAAGGAGGAUGCGUGUUUAGGAUGAUGGGUCCAUAUGCUCAACGUGUACCGGCGAAUGGGUCAAAGGGCCCAAAAAAAAAAAAAAAAAA